AUGUACCGCGUAUUUGUUUUGCUUUGUACAUUCCAUUUGUCACAUGGCUUUUUCUGUUACCAACUGCAGGUGCAAGUGGGGGAACUAGAGAAGAGAUUCUCCAGCUUGUGGUCGCAGCUAUCGGACCAAAGUUGGAACUACGAACACCAGAUAGCGCAGGUGCAGCAAAAUGCGAAUGAUACAUCGCAGAACGCACAAACACUAAUAAAUCAGUGCCACGAACUAAAGAAUCAACAGGCUGCGUCACAUCAGCAACAACAACAACAACUUAACCAACAGAUAACGCAACUACAAGCGAAGUUGGCUGAACAACAAGGGGCCGCACAAACAGGAAUGCAAUGCCAGCAACAGCUAGGCGCUCUACAGCAACAAGUAAACACGUUGCAAGCAAAAGAACAAGAAUUUAAAAAGCAGAUAGAAGAGCAGCAGCGGAAAUUGCUUGAACAAGAACAAAACACAAAAAUAUUACAACAUGAUCAGUGCCAACAGCAACUACAACAACAGAUCGCGUUGCAAAAAGAGCUAGAAAAUAAAAUGAAGGAUCAAGAACAACAGUCACAGAAAAACUGCGCAGAAGCUAAAGAAAAUAUCACACAAACAGAACGAGCUAAGUGUCAGCAAGAACUACAGAAACAGCUAGAUUUACAAAAGCAACAAGAAAACACAACGAAACAACAAGAACAAGAGUUACAAAAGCUCCGAGAGAGGGUGCUUGAGUUGGAAAUUUUUUUGUCCCCCAACAAAAUGCCUCGAAAUAAAACUUUUGAUCACCUCGGCUCGUUUUUGAACGAAUUGGACUUUUUACAAUAUAAUCCAGCGAUUACAAUAGAAUCUCCAGAGAGUACUCUUUUCUUCAUUUAUAGAAAGAAACCAGAAUAA